AGCAACCAGCGUUUUUCACCAUUUCCUGUCAUUAGAAAAAAAAUUCUUCGCCCACGCUGACGUCCGGUUUUGAAGCUCCCGAAAACCUGAAGCAGAAUGCCCGCCGUAGUACCGAAAAAAUUCUACCGAAAUGUGUUCCGAGGAGUGUCCUACUACACUCGGGGUCAGAAAAGGCCCUGUAAACUGUCGGAGUUGGUCGCGUAUGUCUACCUGAAAAAUGGUCGAGCUCUUCCAGCGAAUCGCAUUGAAGUAAUCGUGAAGAACGCCCUAGCCGAUUUGUGCUCGUCCGGGGUCAUCAAAAAGAGUCGGGACCGCUACCAGUUGUCGGAUGUGCUUGUGAGAGAUGCUUCCAUUGCUGGUCCAAGCACAAGCGGUGCAACGAACAAAACCACUCGAAGAACAGCUUCCACUAGCCGCAAAACGAAGGCUCCGGCUAAGCGAACCAAAAGAUCUCGCAGGGGACCCGUUGAUGCCGAGGGACCAGAAGAGGAGGAUGCGAGUGAUGGUGAGGAUGAGCAAGAGGCGGAGCCAGAGCCGCAACCAUUCCUGCAUCGGCCGUUGAAAAUGGAGCGAGAAGACUCCGACGAAAGCGACGCGAAUGAUGGUGCAGGGCCAGCGACUACGACGACAACGGGGAACUCAGCUGAUCAACAGGCACCAAACAGCUCGUAAAUAAUGGUUUUCGUGGUUCAAUUUUUGGUGAAGCCGUCAAAAUCCAUUAUAUUUUAUAGUAAUUUAUUAUUUCUAGAAUAAAUACGUGAUAGAAAAACUUACUUGUAA